UGACCUAUGCUCGUCUGGAGCUGUUGUGGAGUCUUGCAGGUACAAUUUGAUACUUGACCAUUGUCUAGCUCCUUCUUUGGGACGCCGACAGGAGAGGACGUGGAGCUGCGGGCGGAAUCGACAAGAUCUCGUGUUGGCUUUCGUUUCCCCCGCCCCUCCCCUCUUUUGACGAGAGUUGAAGUGGAGUUUGCGAAUGCAACAGUGACACCUUAUGCAAUUGCACAAUGAGGCUGAAUGAACACACAGCCAUCGUGACGCCGGGGGUGACUCUGGUCCCCUACGAGGCGAGACAUGUGGAGCGGUAUCAUGAGUGGAUGAGUGACCCGGAUAUCCAGGAAGCCACGGCCUCGGAACCGCUGACGCUCGAGGAGGAGUACGAGAACCAACAGUCGUGGCGGACGUCACACGACAAGCUCACCUUCAUCAUCUGUCAACCGCUGCCUGUCUCAUCCAGAACGAAAACCGAGACGGUGCAGGCCGGGGAUGUCGACACCUCGGAGCGCAUGGUUGGCGACAUCAACUUCUUCAUCUACCCCAGCGACGAUGACGACGACGACGAUAGGGACAACGACGGCGCGACUCGGAUCGCGAACGAGGCCUCGUACGUCGGCGAGGUGGAUGUCAUGAUCGCAUCCAAAGAGCAUCGCGGCAAGGGUGUUGGACACGCCGCGGUGACGACACUCCUGACAUACGUGCACCGCAACAGGGCACGCAUCCUGGCGGAGCACGUCAACGGCGAGGGCAAGGCCGGCAAGGGAAACGCGCCGGAGCUCAAGGGCUUGAUGGUUAAGAUCAAGGAGGGGAACUCGGCGAGCAUCGCGCUGUUCCGGCGGCUGGGCUUCGUGCAGAAGGGGGAGGUGAAUUACUUUGGGGAGAUCCAGAUGGUGUUGCGGGAUCUGGAGGAGUUUGUGACGUCUUCUGCCGGGGAGAUGGCCGUGCUGGAAUAUCGUGAGGUCGCAUACUCGAGAUGAGUAAGACUUAGAUGGCCGAAUGGCUUAGAAGCACGUUGAGACUAACUUAAGGUUGAAAACAAGGCGAGCCUGCAGCUAUAUAUUCCUUUCUCAUCGUAUUCGUAACUAACUUCCCCCCGCUACGGAAACCGCCUUGCAAUUACGAUCCCCGAAGUGUAUGUAGACAGACAUCUGCGCGCAUAUGUUUUGACU